AUGAGCGACAUGACGACGAUCCCCCACGCCAAGGCCGCGAAGCCCGGGCCGUGGUGCAACACCGCCCCCACGCUUCGCCAGCGCGCCAAGCGCAGGCGUCACUCCCUCGGAGGAGCUGACGAGCUGCUGGCGCCAAGGUCGCUCACGGACGAGCGGACGCGACCCGCCGAGGUCGUAUCGAAGGACGCGACACCUACGGCAGCGCGGGGCGAAGACGCGGGGGUCCCCACCUCCGAUCUCACCGGCUCGUCACCGCCGGAACCCUCGACAAUCAAGUACAACGAGGCGCCGCGGAAGAAGGCCCCGAAGUGGCUCUACGAGUCGAAGCGGUUCGCGUGGACGGAGCGAGACGAAUUCGGGAGCAUGACCCGUCACGAACCCGUCAACCCUGUCCUUCUCGCCAUCGCACGCGCCGACUCAUCGGUCGCCUGGCCGAGCGAGACGACGUCGCCGCCGGCGUCGACACCGUUCGGCAGAGAACUCCGUAAGGUUAUGGAGAGGGCCGUGAUGGAGAAGGUCAGGCGCGAGGCGGCGAAUAAACCAACCAACGAAUGA